AUGUCGUUGUGGAUGAACGACAUGGAGAACGAGUUACUGUCCAAGGCAUGGGUAGCAGCGCCUGAGGAUCCGAUCAAGGGUAGUGGCCAAACCUCGACAACAUUCUGGGACACAGUAACCCAUCGUUUCAACGAGAUCAAGCCAGAAGGCCGCCCGCAACGCACGGCAAGGGCUCUCGAAUCAAAGUUUGCAGACAUCAAGCAUGCUGUCAGCAAGUUCACUGGUUGCUACACCCAAGUACAAGACCUUCAAGCAAGUGGAACGAACAUCGACGACGUCGAAGAUGCGGCAAGGGCACUCUAA